CUUAUUCAAAGCGUCGACAGUAGGUGCUGAGCCGCCGACGAGAAGCGAUCUGUCUACUGCUUGGAGGUGGUCAUUUUUAGCCAGCCGAUUCAACGUUUGCAGUGUGUUUGCUCUGGUGCCGAGAGAAGUGUUCCUCCUCUUUCGAAAGAGCGGUUUCCCGUGCAAGUGGUGUUCGUGCGCACACAUUGUCAAAUAUUGUGGAAAAAUUGAUAUUUUUCAUCGCGCGAGUGCUGUGAGCUGCCGCAGUGAAAAUCCGUCGAAAUGACUUGUUUCUGUUUUUGAAUUCGCCAUUAGUCGGAAAAGUUAGUUUACGGUGGAGAUAUAAGAACCGAGUCAUUUGGGUUUAGUGUCCGACGGUGCCUCCAGUUAUAGUAGUGGUCAAUAUUCGAUUUUUCUGCUCCUCACGUUGAACAAAAGUGUUUUAUACCCCCGAAAAAGAAGGAAGUUGUGCAAGUGAGAAAAAGAGAGAAAUGAAACGGUGAACGAGACACACGAAAAGUCGUCUAGCAGGACCAGGAGAAAGUUGCUGCACAACACAACCAUCACCACCAGUGGCAUUUUGCAUCACUGCAUAUGCAAAGUGAGAUCCAGAAGCAAAGUGAUUUCCAUCACGACUCCAAUGAAAAUUUUCUGACUUUCCCGAACAGUGAAAAGGAAAAACCCUCGCGUUGUGUGUUGGCAACCCGGAAGUCCCAGUUGAAGGGAAGACGGACGGUCGGUCGGUUGCCUCUGGAUUGUGUGAGACCAUCUCGUUUGUGGUGCAUUAUCCCGUGCGUCAGGCGCCUGUGAGUGUGUGCGUGCACAUUGUUUCCAUCCGACGUCGUGUAAAUCUGUGACUGAUCUGAUCCGUCGGUCGGUCGGUCGGUCCCUGGCUUGCCGCUGUGGUUGUGCAGUUCAGUUGGUGGAGAAUUUUCCUCGGGUUCGGUCGGCCAGACUGGCUGUCGCUGGGAAAGCAAAACAAAUCGAUUUUCGGUACAAAACCGAUAUCACAGUGCGAGUGACGGUGUAAAAUUGUUUUGUUAUGGCAGCUUACCUCUAGCGUCGGGGCCGUGUUUGCAGCGUGUCAGCAGGUUGACAGCUGACAGUCAUCCGCGGAAGUGGCCGACCGUAAAACGGUGCGAGAAGAUAGUGCGUCCCAGUUUCGAUAUAGGAUCUGCGGAGAUUGGUGGUGUUUUGUUGUGCGCCGUUUGGUGCAUCCGACAGUUGGUGCUUUAGCUAUUUUUUUUUCUAGAGCUAGCGCGAUGAAGAGUGCUAAGCCUUGUUUCGCAUGAGGGGUUCAAACGGGAAGUAAGCGAGCGUGCAUUGAGCCGACCAAGUGCGAGAAGGGAUUACACACAUCAAUCGAUACCGACCAACCAGUCAGUGCCAGGUCGUUGUUGUUGGUUGCUGGGUAGCAGAUUCGCGAUAACCGUGGUGCUGCAAUUUGCAUCGAAAUUUCUCUGCAAGCUCCCAAGUAGGAUUCUGCUGCACUAAGACCAGCGCACAUUCUUCGGGGUGCUGCCCACCAAUACAUCGAAGGCGGAGUAACAGCAGGAAAAGGGCAGAUCAGCGAGAGGGAGCUCCGGACCGUACUGGCCGUAGCGGAAGACUGGCGAAAGAUGUCGUCCAAAAAUAUACCUGCUGAUAAGAUAAACCUGCGACUGAUACUCGUGAGUGGCAAGACGAAAGAGUUCCUGUUUAGUCCAUCCGACUCGGCCGGCGACAUAGCACUAACAGUAUUCGAGAAUUGGCCCGAUGACUGGGAAUCGGAAGCGGUGGCCAAGGCGGAGAUCCUAAGACUUAUCUACCAGGGUAGAUUCCUGCACUGCAAUGUGACGCUAGGCGCCCUAGGGUUACCAUUAGGCAAAACGACCGUGAUGCACCUGGUCCCACGUGAUAAUCUGCCCGAGCCAAAUUCGCAAGACCAGCGACAAAAGAGUAAAGGUGGAUCCAGUAGAUGUUGUUCUACUAGUUGUUGUAUAUUGUAACCAAUUUUUAUCAAGAGUACUAUAAAGAAACGCUACCACUAACUAAACAGAUCGCUCACCCCCCUCCCAAGCAAAGCACCCCCCAUACGCAUAUUUACUAACACAGACAUCACGGAGAUAGUGCGUCGCCGGACUGCUGCAAUUACGAUGUCCUCUGGAGGACCGGAUCCCAGUGCAGUAUGAUGGGCGUUUUCCUGUUCCCUUCAUUUUCUUUUUUUUUUGUUAAAUAGUUUAUCGCCUUAGUACGUUCAUCGACUUAUAUUAGUGGAAAUUUGUUCCGAUUUUUUGUUUUAGUUAGUAAUGAGUUUUCUCUGCUGCGCCGCGCAAUGUGUUGAUAUGAAUAUGUAGGUGCGUCGAAACUCCUCUCCAAGAGCAGAGCGCCGCGUAGUGGAGAAGUUUGAGCAAGAACAAAAGCAGGAUGUAUUUACGGUUUAAUUAGUUUUAUAAGUACAGAAACUUUAGAAUCGACGGGUCGAAGAAAGCGGAUUGUAAAAACGAAACGGUACAUAUUUUUAGCGGAAUUCUAUACAUAUACAGAUAGGGCGAGCGCAUCGCUAAAAAGAAUGAUAAAAUGCGUGACCGCUGUUGAGUAGAAACGGUACAUCAGUAAGGAAAAUACUAAGCUAUAGGCAAUUCGUUGAUCGUAUAGGUUCUAUAUAUUUUUCUCAGAUUAAGUAUUUUUACACAAGAUCAAGAAAAAAAAAUAAGAUUGAAUAGGAGGCUAUCAUCAGUUUUUGGCCCCUAAUUUACGAUUUUUUGUCUUAUAGUGCGCAAUCCUAUAUAACGAUACACAAAAUUGUGGAAUCAAACCACAGUGAAAGCAAGAGUUUUAAAGAGAUUAUUUAAUGUAAACCAAAACGGAGAAAAUCACAAACUAAAAAGAAUCUAUUGUUAUCAGAAACAAGAAAAAUCAGUUACUCUAGUUUAAUAACGAAAUUGUAAAAAGUGAUGAAUCAUAAUAAAAAUUUAAAACAGAUAAACCUGA